AUGGCCGGCACGUCCAAGUUUAUUGACUACAUUGAUGAGGCUUUGGAAAAAUCCAAAGACACUGCACUUUCUCGCUUGUUUUUCACCUACCAGGGGAUUCCUUACCCAGUGACCAUGUGCGCCUCAGAAACCUUCCAAGCCUUGGGCACCUUUGAAGCCAGAAGCGAUGACAUCGUGCUGGCAUCUUAUCCGAAGUGCGGUUCAAACUGGAUUCUUCACAUCAUUAGUGAGUUAAUAUUUGCUGAUUCUAAAAAAAAGUAUGAAUGUCCAGAAUUCCCAAUUCUUGAAUGUGGGGACCCAGAAAAAUAUCAGAGAAUGAAGCAGUUUCCAUCGCCAAGGAUUCUGGCAACUCACCUCCAUUAUGACAGGUUGCCCGGGUCCAUCUUCAGGAACAAGGCCAAGAUAUUGGUGAUAUUUCGAAAUCCUAAAGAUACUGCGGUAUCUUUUUUCCAUUUCCACAAUGAUGUCCCCGAUAUUCCAAGCUAUGGCUCAUGGGAUGAAUUCUUCAGACAGUUCAUGAAUGGUCAAGUUUCUUGGGGGAGCUAUUUUGAUUUUGCAAUUAAUUGGAACAAACAUCUUGAUGAUGAAAAUGUUAAGUUCCUAUUAUAUGAAGACCUGAAAGAGAAUCUGGCCUCUGGAAUAAAAGAAAUCGCCGAGUUCCUUGGAGUCUCUCUCGCUGGGGAGCAGGUUCAAAGUGUCUGUGCUCAGAGUACCUUCCAGGCAAUGAGAGCCAAGGCCCAGGAAACGCACGGGGCCGUGGGCCCGUUCCUGUUCCGCAAGGGUGAAGUUGGUGAUUGGAAAACUCUGUUCAAUGAAACUCAGAGCCAGGAAAUGGAUGAAAAAUUCCAAGAGUGCUUAGCAGGCACUGUCCUGGGAGCAAGGCUGAAGUAUGAAUCAUAUUGCCAGGCCUGAUCCUGGUCAGUCCAUCAGGCCUGGGUAUUUUAUUUUCCUUAAUAACAACUGAAUUUAAACACUUAAAUAAUAAAUUGAGCAAGUAACCAAAUAAUGAUAGAUAAAUAACAU